AUGUAUUGUGCUCUUUAUGAUGUUUUGCAAGUCAAAAAAGGCAAGAGUAAGUCAGGUAGCCAAGAUCUAAGUUUGACGCAGGGAGUGCAAGGAGAAAAGGUCCUUCCUGGGAUUGUUCUUCUGUUCGCUCAACUAUCUCUUUUCAUUGGGCGAAGUGCUAUCCCAAGAAUUACCGAGGAAAUAGCUUCUUCCUUUUCUUCUGGUCGUGCUCGGGGUUAUGAGUAUGGCCCUGCUUUCAUCCCUGCAGUGAUUUGUUGCACCUUCUGGGUAGCUGGGGAGAAGUGCUUGGACCAUGUAUGGAUUUUUGGAUCAUCUUUUCCACUACUUGUUCUUGCUCAAAAACUUUCACUUUCUAUGUGCAAAAUUGUUACAUUUGUGUAG